AUCAUGUGCGACUAUGGACUCGCCGAGCAGCUGUUAAAGAUAGCGCGUAAUGCGCUCUCAGAGGAAGCUAAUCCGCUGCACGUUUCCAUGCAGUAUGUGCUGGAGCGUUUGGCUGCGCAGGCUUUACAACCCACAGAGUUGCGGGAGUUUCUGCGUCUUGGCGAACCACUCUCUUGCGCCGACAUUGAUUUGCGCACUCCCUAUCGCAUGGGUGGCCCAGUACCGCUGACGCGUAUCAAGACGCUGGUGUCAAUGACAACACCGCGUGAUUUUCGAGCGCACGGCUCAAGCACGUUGCCGCCCUUCGUGGAGAUGGAUAUGUCCGCAGAGGGUUUCGGUUGUUUGUAUUUGCCGUCGUUGGCGCCACAAGCUACCGCAACCACCGGUGGUACUAUCGAUGCCAACACUAUUGGUGGCAUUGGCGCUGGAGAUCGCAUAUUUCCACCACAAACGGGACUUACAUACUCUACCUGGUUUUGUGUGG